AGACCAGAAGACACCACAGGCACUGAGAAACAGCAUUCAGUUAGACAAUAGCCAUCUGAACAGUCCCUUGUGGUCGCUUCUCUUCUCUUUUCCCUUCUCUCUUCCUCCGUCCCAACCCUUCCUGCUCCUGUGUCUCAGCUCAGUAGAGCAAUGUCUUGAAUAAUUUAUCUAUCUUAAGAACUACUGGUGUGGGCCUGACGCCUGAUAUGGCCUUAAAGGUAAAAACUGUCCCAGAAAUUAAUACUGCAAAUAAAAUUGCUCAGUAUGAAAAUACUAGUUUGUUUAAAUUUCUAGACAAUUGGCUGUUUUAGGAAAUUAUGAUCAAUGAUAUUCUGCAAAGUCUUUGAGGGCCUAUUAUACCUGUUCCGUUUAUUAACAGACUGCUAUGUUUUGUAAGUAAGAAACAAAACAGGUCAAAGAACUUUAAUCUCCCCACUCUUGCAUAAAGGCCAGUGAGUGAAGGCACAUUGACCCUAGAGUUUAACUUGGUUUUGUAGUCAGUAUAACACAGAUAGUCAUAGACUGCAUAAGAUAUUUCAGACUAGGUACAGCAAUGGAACCAGGAACAAUUGUCAGUGCUGUGCGGAGCCAGAGGGUUCUGUGUGGAAAGGAAAUUCUACCUGCAGUUAUCAUAAUAAAAGAAGGAAAGAUUCAAAGCAUUCUGCCUGAUUCAGGAGCAAUAAUGCACAGAGAUGUUGAGAUACUUGAUGUGGGAGACAGUCUGGUAAUGCCAGGUAUAGUGGACUGCCACGUUCAUGUCAAUGAGCCAGGUCGUACCAACUGGGAAGGGUACUGGACCGCCACACGAGCAGCAGCUGCUGGGGGUGUGACCACUAUUGUAGACAUGCCCUUAAACAGCAUCCCACCAACUACAACUUUAGGAAACUUUCAUGAAAAGCUAUAUGCGGCUACUGGACAGUGUUUUGUAGACACAGCAUUUUGGGGAGGGGUCAUCCCUGGCAACCAGCUGGAGCUAAAGCCGAUGAUUCAAGGAGGUGUGGCUGGAUUUAAGUGUUUCUUGAUCCACAGCGGAGUGGAUGAAUUUCCUCAUGUGAAUGAUGCUGAUCUUCAUGCAGCUAUGAAGCAGCUCCAGGGCACAGACAGCGUUCUGCUGUUUCAUGCAGAGCGUGAAGUCCAACAUCUAGCCUCUGAGGAAAGGGCAAAUCCAUGUGAAUAUUCCACCUUCCUGAAGUCCAGACCUGACAUUAUGGAAUAUGAGGCCAUCCACACCGUCACUCAACUCUGCCUGCAGUAUCAAGUGCGAUGCCACAUUGUGCACCUGUCUUCAGCCCAGUCUCUGGAGCUCAUUAAAGCAGCCAGACAAGCAGGAGCUCCCCUGACUGUAGAGACCACACAUCAUUACAUCAACCUGUCUGCAGAGAACAUUCCAGCAGGGGCCACUCAUUUCAAGUGCUGUCCCCCCAUUCGCGAUGCAGCCAAUCAGGAACUCUUGUGGUCUGCACUUAAAUCUGGUGAUAUUGAUAUGGUUGUGUCAGAUCACUCACCUUGCACACCUGACCUAAAGUGUUUGGACAAUGGGGACUUCAUGGAGGCAUGGGGAGGCAUCUCUUCACUGCAAUUUGGUUUAUCUUUGUUCUGGACAUCAGCUUCUAAAAAAGGGUUUUCGCUUUUUGACACAGUAAGACUCUUGUGUAAAGAGCCUGCUCAACUCUGUCGCCUUGACAACCAAAAAGGGUAUCUCAUUCCAGGUCAUGAUGCAGAUUUAGUUAUUUGGGAUCCAGAAAAACAGUUUACAGUUAAAGAGGAGCACAUUCACCACAAAAACAAACUGACUCCAUACCUUGGUCUAACUCUUCUUGGGGAGGUGAAGGGCACUAUAGUUCGGGGUAGGGUGGUUUACAGUCAGGGCUGUUUUAGUUCUCACCCUUUUGGGAAGCAUCUGCUUAUCCAGCACAAAACACAGGCCUCCCUGUAAGCAAACAAAGCAUAUAACUGUUGUAAUAUCUCUAGCCAUCACUGUGAAGAAGUGCUAGAGUACUGAUGCAAACUGUUCUGUUAUGCAAUUUUAGAGCAUAUAAAAUUAAAUGUUGGUAAUUUGAAUGAUUGUGGUAACUAUCUAAUAAUUGUAAUGAAAUAAAAUAAAAUAAAUGUUCAUUGUACAUGUGUACAAAAAUGUUGAUAACUACAAUUUGCAUGACAUUAAACAAUGCUUUAACCUCA